AUGGAGACAGAUUGGGAUGAGGUCGCUCGCGUAGUGCUUCCUCCGCCUAGUCCAAAUGCUCUGAAUACCCCAAUCAGCACCUUUUCUUUUGAUUCCAUGCAAGAGCUGUUAUGGGCUGCAAACGAAUUCGGACGAAUAACAUCAUUUUACGGACCAGAGUUGCAAAGAUAUACUUCCUACCGAGGCCAUGCACCUUCUGAAGGGCCUGUCAAGCAGAUGCUUAUGUGCGAUCGCGGCGUGAUAUCAAUCACAGCGAAAAGUGUGCAUCUCGCAUCGCGAAAAGGAGUGACUCAGUGGCAUUUCAAUCAAGAUGACAUGAAAGAUUUACGCUGCAUGGCAUUCACCUCAAAAGGUGUCCAUGAAGUUCUGGUUGCUGGUUGCCAGGAGACCAUGUACAAGAUUGACGUCGAUAAAGGAGUAAUCACCUCCACACUCAAAGCAGAUGCGCCAUAUACCAUGAUGAAGCGCGGUGGCCAGUACAUUUGUGCUGGUACAGCUGACGGGUAUGUCCACUUCCUGGAUCUGAUCAACUACAAAGUCGCUCGGACUUGGAAAGCGCAUUCGGCAUUUAUCAACGACAUGGACGCUAGAUCGGAUGUUCUCGUUACUUGCGGCUGGUCCUCGAGGCCACAGCAUGGGUACAUGUUGGACCACCUGGCCAAUGUCUUCGAUCUGAAAACUCUCAUGCCUCUCCCACCAGUACCAUUUCCGCCAGGCGCAGCCUUUGUCAGAAUGCAUCCUAAGAUGUCAACGACCUGCAUGGUUGCAUCCCAAGGUGGACUUAUCUAUGCCAUCGACAUUAUGAACCCGGAUGCGCCUAGCAUGCGACAUGCAAACGUCUUUGACACUCACAUCACAUCUCUAGACAUAGCACCAUCAGGAGACGCUCUGGUCCUCGCCGAUGCCCAAUGUGCCAUGCAUCUAUGGGGCUCUCCUAACAAGAUUCAAUUUACCGAGUACGGCAGCCCGACAGAGUUUGCGGAUCCACCCGUACCCACCCCACCUAUGGAUUGGUCACCGGACAUCCCCUUGAACUUGAUCGGUAUGCCAUACUAUAGAGAAGUUUUGCUAUCGGCUUGGCCUAGUCAUCUGAUAUCCGAGGUUGGAGCACCACCGAGCAAGAUUGAUGCCGGCAUACUCACCUCCUUGAAACGAUCAGAUAUCGGGGGCUAUGCGCCAUUCCCGCGCAAGACACGCAGAUAUCAAUUCGAGGACACCAGAGCCGUCCAAAGAGCGCACGACACACUUGCGGCACCUCGGUUCCUCAGCGAGCGACAGAAGGAUGAUUCCCAAGGCCACGAAGGCUCAAGACGGAUGUCGGAUGCACUUGAGGCACUUGGUGACUUGGCUCUUGGUGGUGCAACCAGAAGAGAUGUUCCAGUCAUGUAUCGAAACGUCGAGAUCAAAUAUAGUAAAUUUGGUGUAGACGACUUCGACUUCGAGUACUACAAUAAGACGAAGUAUUCUGGACUGGAGACUCAUAUUGCCAACUCAUACACAAAUCCGCUCCUACAGCUUUUACGCUUCACGCCAACAAUACGCAAUCUAGCACUUCAUCACACGGCCACUUCCUGUCUCUAUGACAAUUGUCUGCUCUGCGAGAUGGGUUUCCUAACAGACAUGCUAGAAAAAGCUGCUGGUAUGAACUGCCAAGCUAGUAACUUCCUCAAAGUGUUCAGCAGCUUGUCAGAUGCAUCGACCCUAGGCUUGCUCGAACAAUUUGCCGCUGCAAACAAUCCACUUUCCGUCACGAUACAAGCAGCAAACAGAUUCUUGCUCAAGACGUUCUGCGAUAGCUUCCGGCAGCUACCUCCGCACAACAGGCACAUGGAGCAAUCUCUAACGACAGGCGCAUUGCUAGCAAUAAGAUGCGGGCAUUGCGCCAACGAAAUGCUCAAACCAGGCGAAACACUCGUCCACGAUCUGGUGUAUCCGCCUAAACCACUAAAACAUCACCCACGCAUGGCGCCACCAAGACCAGCAUUUUCUCAAGUCCUCAAGGCGAGUGUUGAACGUCAAGAUCAGACUCGAGGCUGGUGUGAUCGCUGCAAGCGGUACCAACAACUCAGCACACGCAAGACAAUCCAGAGCAUCCCCAAAGUUCUGAUGGUCAAUACAGCCAUUCAUUCGCCAGACCACAAGCAGUUAUGGUCAACGCCUGGAUGGCUGCCUCAGGAGAUUGGUGUUGUGGUUCAGAACGGACAGUUCUUCUGCUACGAAGGCUCUGAUCUCAAGUAUCAUCUUCAGCGUGGUUUCUAUGAUAUCAUGGUCUACGAGCUUGUUGGAAUGGUCGUUGACAUCAACAGCGCGGACAAUCAAAAGUCUCAUCUGGUGUCAUUGAUCAAUGUCGCGCCGUCUUCGCCUGACCCAGCGGAUCAAGACCAGUGGCACUUGUUUAAUGAUUUCCUCGUCAGAUCUACGACUUCUGAAGAAGCACUCAGAUUCGAUAUGAAUUGGAAACUGCCUUCCAUUUUGACAUAUCAAGCCAAAUCGGCAUCUCAUGUCAUUGAUGAUUCUUGGAAAGAGAACCUCGAUCCAUCUCUGCUUUAUUAUCUGCCGAGAGGGCCGCACAAAUCACCCGACCCAACAGUACUACGCAACCUUAAUCCCACCACUGAGCUUCCUCGAGCAGGGAUGCCCUGUGCAAUCGAUGCCGAGUUUGUUGCUCUUUCAAAGGCUGAGAUCGACAUCAAAGCAGAUGGCACGCGCGAAACCGUGCGGCCUCCUCGGCUUGGCCUCGCGCGUGUAUCGGUGUUGCGAGGUGCAGGUCCCUACGAGGGCCUUCCGUUCAUCGAUGACUAUAUCGCCAGUUCAGAGCCUGUGGUUGACUAUCUGACCGCGUAUUCAGGCAUCAGUCCAGGCGAUCUCGACCGUGCUGUCAGCAAGCAUAACUUGGUCAAUCUGAAGGUGGCCUACAAGAAAUUAUGGCUGUUGCUCAACCUGGGAGUCGUGUUCGUCGGCCAUGGUUUGCCUAAAGACUUCCGUAUCAUCAACAUUCAUGUACCUCGAGCCCAAGUUGUUGACACGGUCGACCUCUUCUCGCAUCGUCUGCGCAGUCAACGUCGUCUGUCGCUACGUUUCUUGGCUUGGUAUCUGCUGAAGGAAGAGAUCCAACAGGACACUGACAAAGGUCACGACAGUGUCGAAGACGCUCUCACAGCACUCAAGCUCUGGCGCAAAUAUCAAGAAUUCAUGGACGCUGGGAUCAUCGAAAGCAUGCUCGACGACAUCUUCGAUCGCGGCCGAGAAACAAACUUCAAGCCUCCAUCAGUCUAUAAGACAGAAAGAGAGAAUGGAGAAUGGAGACCCGAAACACCAGGACAUAUGAGCGUGCCAGGUACACCGGCUAGAAAGACGGUUGGACUUGCGCUGCUUGGAGGCUCCAACCAGACUCCGCCUAUCAAGAAGGACAUCUUUGGGAGCCCGAUCAGGUAG